UCUUCUAAAAAUUAUGAUAGAAACUUUCUUUACAACAAAAUUCAUUGAUAACAUCCAUUGAUUCUUCCAUGCAAUGCAAUGCAAACAUUCAGAAAACCAAAACUAUCUCAAUUUCAUCACCUUUUCAGAUUCACACUCAAUUCUCUCUAUCCAUUGAAUCAAACCAAAUCCCUAUCCAAUGAUUCCAAACACCCAAAAUCAACAUCAUCACUUCCAAAUCCCAUCGAUGCAGGUUCAUCUAAUCGCAAACCAAUCAGUUUAUGGCCAGGGAUGCAUCAUUCCCCAGCUACUCAUGCUCUAUGGGAAGCAAGAUCCACCAUUUUUGAAAAACCCAUUAAUGGUAAUACUAAUUGCCAUGACCCAUCUUCACUUGAUCCCAAGUCUCCUUCUCAGAGUAGGACCAGUAUCUUGUAUAAUUUCUCUUCUGAUCCCAUUCUUCGUGAGCAAUAUAGAAACCCUUGGAAUCAUAUUAGAAUGGGGAAGCUUGUUGAGGAUUUUGAUGCUCUUGCUGGAACAGUUGCAUUAAAGCAUUGUUGUAAUGAAGAUGGUAGUACAAGGCCUCUUUUAUUGGUUACUGCUGCUGUUGAUAAGAUGGUUCUUAAACAACCAAUUCAUAUUGAUGCUGAUUUUGCUAUUGUUGGUGCUGUUACUUGGGUUGGAAGGUCAUCUAUGGAGAUUCAAUUGGAAAUGAUCCAGUCACCAAAUGGGGAUCCGAAUAUCUCAAACUCACCUGCAAUUGUAGCUAACUUCACAUUUGUGGCUCGUGACUCUGACACGGGUAAGGCAGUUCCAAUCAACAAGGUCUUACCUGAAACUGAGAAAGAGAGAUUGCUCUGGGAGGAAGCAGAACAGGGAAACAUAUCAAGGAAAAAGAAGAAGGAAGAACAAAAACGGGGAGAGAGUGGAGACAAUGCCAGGCUCAUGGCACUAUUAGCAGAAGGGCGUAUCUUCUCAGAUAUGCCGGCAUUAGCAGAUAGAGACAGCAUCCUUAUGAAGGAUACUUGCCUACAAAACUCUUUUAUCUGCCAGCCACAGCGAAGAAACACCCAUGGUCGUAUUUUUGGGGGGUUUUUGAUGAGAAGAGCUUUUGAACUCGCAUUCUCAACGGCUUAUUCCUUUGCUGGUGCAGCACCUCAUUUCUUGGAAGUUGAUCAUGUUGAUUUUUUUAGACCUGUGGAUGUUGGAAGUUUUCUUCGUCUCAAGUCUUGUGUUCUGUACACAGAACUUGACAAUCCAGCUAGACCACUAGUGAAUGUGGAAGUAAUUGCGCACGUUACAAAGCCUGAACUUCGAUCUAGCGAGGUAUCCAACAGAUUCUACUUCACAUUUGGUGUUGAUCAUGAAGCCAUUAAAAAUGGAUUGAGGAUCCGAAAUGUUGUUCCUGGUACAGAAGAGGAAGCACAAAAGGUGCUCGAGCGCAUGGAUGCUGAGAACUCUUGAUUUUUUGUUCAUUCAUUCAUUCAUUCAGGAUGGUAUUAUAGAUACACUUUAUCUAGGAGAUAGAAAACACAAUGUUUUGUAUAACUUUCUUGAUUAUGUCUAAAUAAAUACAGUACUAGUUGUGCAAUGAUCUAGGAAAGUGAAAAUCAAUAAAACAUGUUUUAUUCUUUCUGGAAUUUGAA